AUGUCCCACCAGCUACAGGAGUUGGAAUUUGGACACGAAAUGUCAGCAUAUUAUCCGCCUCCAGCAUAUGAGCAUCCACCACUCUACGAAGAAUUGUUCGAAGUGGAAGAACCAUCAGAUUUUGAAGAACCAUCAGAAGUCGAAGAGUCGUCAGAAGUCGAAGAGUCGCCAGAAGUCGAAGAAUCAUCAGAUGUUGAAGAACCAUCAGAAGUCGAAGAGUCGCCAGAAGUCGAAGAAUCCUCAGAAGCCGAUGAAUCCUCCAUCGACAUAGAUGUGCUAUCAUCUCAGAUACAGUCAUGGUCGCAAGAGCUCCCAGUUUCCGACGCGCUGCCAGUACGUGAAGACCUGCCAGUAUCGCAACCUUUCCCAGCCACCGAGGAGCCAGUGCGAGCACCGCGUCUUCUAUAUUUACAGCUUCUGAUCGCCUGCGUUUCUUUGCUUUUGACUGCCUUGCUCAUUAUAACUCUGUUUCCUAUGAUCUCAAAAUUCUUCAAGCCGUCUUCUUCCGACCCAGCGAUGUACAAGGAUACGGAUCCUGCUCUUGCAUGGUAUAAAGGCAUUUUUACUGGCACCGAAAAUGCCCACAAGUAUCCCGUACCUUCCACUAUUGCACGCCAUGACUUCAUCGGGGGCUUAACAGUAGUCAAUUUCCCAGAUCUACCGGUGACGGAUGCCAUUUUGGAAGAAAACAAUCCAGAAAAACGCAGCGUUCAAAUGCAGGAAUAUAGAGAGCCUAUUCCACGAGAAACCACCAAGGAAAUCAGUCUCGAAGAUGAAAGCCCGACUGGGAGCGACCUUUACCCCGAACUAUUCGGGGACAUGGCGCCCCGAGACAAGAAAGAAGAGGGUCUUCCUCCACCAUACGCAAGAAAUGUCCCUUUGGCUAUAGAUGUCUCGAUGCCACAUGCGUUCGGGGCUGCGACAGUACCGAUGACUGCCCGGAUGGAUAUCAUUGCAAAUAUGGCCGGUACGGAUAUCGGUGCUUUGAGAAGAUGGGUCGACACCGAGAAUGUUUGGAACAUGGCCAUUUCUGUUGUCGGCAUUUGGAAUGCUGUACUGGGUACUGUGGCAAAAGGGCCAAAGGGGGUGACUUCCUGUGUACGCCGAUGCCCGGGGGUGUGGAUGGCCAUGCUGAUGGGGUCGAAAAGUAGUAUUAUUUGUGAUCUUGCUCUGUAG